AUGGGAGUAGCAGCCAGUAGAGACAACGAUGAUUUAACAGAUAACCUAGUUAGACACGGGCAAAUUGUGUCGAAAGAAGUCGAACUAGUGUUUAGGCUUGUCGACAGAGGACGAUUUUUCCCGAGUGAAUACAUUGAUGAGGCUUAUCGUGACAAUCCCUUCAAGGUUCCGGCAGAAGCAAAUGGAGAUUGGACGCCGGGAAAAUUGCAUAUAUCAGCACCAAGUAUGUACGCUACUGUCCUGGAGAAGCUCGAUUUACGAACGGGACAUGCUUUUCUCAAUAUUGGAUCUGGAACAGGGUGGCUUAGCACGGCCGCGGGUUUCUUGAUUGGUGGUUCUGGCAUCAAUCAUGGAGUUGAGAUACAUGAAAAUCUAAUCAAAUUCGCUGAAGAAAAACUUGCAGAAACUUUACUGCUCCCUGAAAUCAGUGCUUUUAACUGGGCUAAACCGGCAUUUUUCCACGGCAAUGGCCUAGCUCAAGAACUUACUCAUUCAAAAUACUUCUAUGAUCGCGUGUAUUGUGGUGCUGCCGUCUCAGAUUUGCAGACUAUUGCCCAUCUUAUUAAACUACUGGAAAUCGGUGGAAAACUUAUUGUUCCCUUCAGAAAUAGCUUGACUGCAUACACGCGUACUGCUGAAAGCUCCUACAUAUCUGAGGUUUUGAUGGCGUGCCAAUUUGCAGACUUAUUGCCACCAAAGCCUGAGGAUCGCACCGAUUGUUUGCCUUGUGUUAUACGGCCUCCAUCUUUGGCCGAUCACUGCAGGAAUGUUAUUCGUGAAAGUUUACGUAAGAAAGUGCUUGAAAGUUAUCCUGUAUUCAUGCGAAGUAUUGUUGACUCGGAAGGAGCAUUGGGAUCUGAUGAUGCUUCUUCCCAUCCUGAUGCCGACACGGAAGUGACGGAGGGCCAACGGCGGAGAGAGUUCGGUAUCAUCCGACAUCCCAUCCGCGUUGAGUUGAUCCGGAAUCUUGGUGCUGCUCGUAUACGACUGGAAACUAACGAUCGAACUGCUCGCGAGGACAGGAACCGCGAUGAAAGAAGGGACCACGAAGAGGCAGAAGAUACUGAAAAUCAUGAGGGUGUUGACAAUGAUCGGCAUGAAGAUACUAAUCGUGACGUCGAAGUUGGAGCAGGGAUGUUUGUUUUUGCCGAUGAAGGCCCACCAUCCGACGACGAAGAACUUGGAGAAGAAGACAGAAUGGGUCUGCAAUGGCUCAACGCAAUUCUGGGCUUCGAGAGGGAUCGAGUGACAGCGCGUAUGCGUCGACACCAAGCUCAUGAAGACGAACGUAUAGAAUCCGAAUCGUCGAAUGAUGGAUCCUCCACAGAUCUCUCAUCAAAUGCAGAAAACCCACAUCCUGUCGAAAACAUCACAGUUGAACGUCCACCGGAACCAGAAACUAAUGGAGCAGAUCAUGUUGAAGAAGAUAAUCAUGAUCUGGAACAAAUUUCUUCCAAGGAAACAAACGGGACUUCUUCUGAUGACUCGAUCCCCAAGGUCGAAGCCAUGGAGUCUCCAGAGGAGGAGCAGAUUACGACGGAAAGAAACAAUGAAGAGGAGACUAUUCGAGAAGAAGAGGAAAGAAACGAGGAUGAUAUGGAAGCGGGUGUCAACGAAACGGGAGGAAACGCCGGAGAUGAAACUGAUCGCGAAAAUGAGGAUCAUGAUUGGGACAACUUUCCCAUGCGAGAAAUGAUUGAGCUGAGCGAGUUUCUUGGCGAGGCUAAUAACCGAUCACGAGCAGAAGAACGCGGAAGGCGAAUCAGAAACGGAACAAACGGCGCUGGUACAUCUCGACGUAAUGGACCACGCUCCUCAAUGUCGCGACGUGCUAUAAAAAGAGCUAGAUUGGCCGAGGCUGAGAAUCAGGAUGAGUCGGAGAAGCAAGCCGAAGAAGAGCGCGAUCGACAAAAAGCAUCGCUGAAAGUUUUCGGCGAGGCAUUCGAUGAGGCUAUGCGAAAGCUUCCUCUGCCUAAACAUUUAAUCAAAUUUCUUUCACUACAAUCGGUAACUCCUAUGUUUGCGUCAAACCAAACACCAGAAUGGAGUUAA